UAAAAAUCAAAAAUUAUUUUCUUAAGUUAAAUAACAUUUUGUUAUUAUUAACUUCCAUCAAUAACGAAAUGUAUUAUUUUAACAUAAAACAUUUGGUCAGAAAAUUAAAUAUAUUUGAUCAAUUAUUUCUGCAGUUGAAUAGAUUUUGAAGAAAGCUGUUUUUAUAUUAACAUAUAUUACUAGUAAAUAAUGAAUUAAAUUAAAAUUAUACUUAAUAUAGUUGUGUGCAUAAAUUUAAAGAUUUUAUAUCAAAAUGAAACACUUGUAAUAAUAAGAUGUAAAAUAAAUUGCGAUGUCACUGUUGAGUUUUCAUUAAACAGAGCCCGCAGCUCAUAUUAGUUUUAUUUUUGAACUGACCUCAAAUAAUUUUAAAAUAAAAAUUACUAGUAAAAGUGUAUAAACCAUUUUUCACAUAUUCUUACUAAUACAACUCAUUAGCUGCAUUCCGGAAUUUACUGCGAGUACUGAAAAUUUGUAGUUCACGUCAUAUAUACUACAGAUUUUCAAUACAAGUGAAUAACGGAUCCCCUUAUCAUAUAUGUCGCACAAAAUUAUUUUGUUUUCUGUUUGGUUGCUAUUUUCUUUUAAUAAAAAAAUAUAUAUACGACGAUAGUAAAUUUUAUCGGGAUUUAUUCAAAAACGGGCGAAGACUAAACGAUAGAACGAAACACAUAAAACCUUUCUGGGCAAGUUUAGCAGAUGCUGAAUAAGUUACGUACACACCGCAAAAAGGGACGCGCAGUGAAAUUAUAAUAACAAUAUAUUAAGUAAGAGUACGGGCGAUAGAGAAAUGAUUGAAAAAUAACAAAUUCAAUAUUUGUUAUAUAAAUUAAUACAGUUUAACACCACGAAUUUAACCCGAAUUUAACCACGAAUAUAAUUUAGCCCGGAGAAUUAUUGAUGAGAGUAAGGUGAAAUAUGUUGAAUAGUAAAUAUACUUUUAGCUAAUGACAUUCGUCACUACAGAGUACAAUAUGGAUAUUCUUCUACGUGUACUCCCGUACGUCCUCCCAUGGCUAGCCCAUACGUUAAAAUAUAAUGCUCUCUGCCUAAACAUAAAAGGGUUGAGAAGUCUUAUGGAACGAAUGCUUUGUGAUUGGAAUGAAUUAAUCAACGUGCAAGAAAUUGAAAUAAUAAAAAAAUACGCGGAUAUUGCAAGAUUUAUUACAUUGCUAACGACAUUGUUCGUCUAUGGAAGUAUUUUUGUUUUUAUUUUGAUACAGUUGCUACCACAUAUUUUUCUGAUCAUUACAUCCAGUAAAAAUGACACCAAUUUAAGACAACUUCCGGUCCUUAUAGAAUGUUUUCUGGAUCAGCAGAAAUAUUAUUUUCUACUUUUACUGAUAUUAUCUUUUGCCGCAAUAUGUUGUUUUACUACGGUGAUAGCUACAGAAACACUUAUUAUGGCAUAUGUACAUCAUGCAUGUGGUUUAUUUGAAAUAGCCAGUUGUCGCAUAGAACAAGCUUUUCUUGAAAAUAGGAUAAAAGGUAUUACAUCUGUAACGCAAAGAAAUUUGAUAAUAUGUCAAGGAAUAAUCAACGGAUUUGAAAUGUAUAACAGAGCAGUCGAGUUUAUCGAUAUGGUACAAAAAAGUUAUAAAUGGGCAUAUUCAUUAUUAAUGCCAUUAGGGGUGCUAUCGCUGAGCAUUAAUCUUUUUAACUUUUCUCGAUUAGUAAACUCCAAAAACUAUAUCGAGAUGAUUAUUAGUUUUAUUUUCAUUAUCGGCCAUUUCGGAUAUAUGUUUUUUUGCAAUUAUUUAGGACAACAAGUGAUCGAUGAAAGCAGCAAUGUUUUCCACAGAUUAUACAACGUGAAAUGGUACGUAGCUCCGCUGAAAGCGCAAAAAUUAUUGCUGCUUGUAAUGCAAAGAAGCAUACGACAUUGUACAAUCGUCAUGGACGGCUUGUUUAUUACGUCAUUUGAAGGAAUUGCCACGCUGGGAAACACGUCAUUUUCAUACUUUGCGUUAAUUUUUUCCCUCUAUUGAUUAUUCGCAUAAAAAUCGAAAUUUAGAAAGUUGCCACGAUGAAAAUAGUUCUAGCAUACCUACACAACCAUAUAAAAAUAUACAGUGAACAUUUUGGUUGUGGAACGUUGCAAAUAAAAGACAAAUAAUACUAGCAGAAUGCCAAAACUAGGGCCUACCAUUGCAUCUCUUAUAGAAUCUCCAAUGUGAACCAAAUCUGAAGAAUAUAUUCCGCAAUAAAUCAGUAACAACAAAACAGAACUAAUAAUAUGUAACAAUGUGACAAUUUGGCCAAUCCUAAACAGAUCUAUUUAUCGCAACAACGCUUAGAUUGGUACCAAAUGUAAAUUAGAUGUGUUAUCAGUAGAAAUGCGGAUAGAUUAGUAUCAAAACAAAUCUGUUUCUAGAAGAAAUAGCAGAUAAAUAUCAAAUUCUUGUAUUAAUAUGAAAUUAAAAAUUUUACUGUCAAAAA